UCGAAAGCGAACGCAGGCAAAGGCGGCGGCCCCACAACGCGAUAAUUAUUGAGAAUCACGAACCGAACGAAGCCAACUCCAACUUCUAGUCCAAGGAAUUCCCCAACAAAAAAGUUUAUGAAAAUAGAUUUUGCCAUAGAUCAAAACCUGAACACAAAAACACAACAAAAGUGCGAAUUGAUAGCACCAAAAAGUAAAAGCAUAAAGCAAAAGGAAUAAAAGAAAAGAGAAUUAAAGAAAAAGAGACUAGAAAUAACAGAGACUAGCAAAAGAGAAGCCACUGCAAAAAGGGUCAUCGCAACAUGUUGACCCUGUGGACGGCGCUGUUCUGCUGCCUAACGGGACUGGCCGUGUGCUACCAGCGGCAAUCUGUGAGCAGCAGCAACAACAAUCACAAUCAUAAUAAUGCCGAGUCAAAGCCCACACACAUGCCACCAUCGCAUUAUCCGCACGGCCACAAGUGGAACGAGCCGUACUUUGAUCUGACCAUGCCCCGCAACAUCACAUCGCUGGUGGGCAAAUCCGCCUAUCUUGGCUGUCGUGUGAAGCAUCUGGGCAACAAGACGGUCGCCUGGAUAAGACAUCGGGAUCUGCACAUACUGACGGUGGGCACCUACACCUAUACGACGGAUCAGCGCUUCCAGACCUCCUAUCACCGGGACAUUGACGAGUGGACACUGCAGAUCAAGUAUGCCCAGCAGCGGGAUGUUGGCAUCUACGAGUGCCAGAUAUCGACACAGCCAGUGCGCAGUUACUCGGUCAACUUGAAUAUAGUGGACCUUAUUGAUGCGGAGACCAGCAGCAUGAUGCAGCAGUACUACAAUGAUGACGCCUUCUAUAUAGCCGCCGAUCGGGUGUAUCAAUCCAGCGAUGAUGAAUUCGCUGGCAUGUUUGGACCCAUCCAAACAGUAGCCGUGCCAACGGCCACCAUUUUGGGCGGACCCGAUCUGUACGUGGACAAGGGCAGCACCAUAAAUCUCACAUGCAUCAUCAAAUUCAGCCCAGAGCCGCCGACGCAUAUCUUUUGGUAUCACCAGGAUAAGGUGCUUAGCGAGGAGACUGGCGGCGGACGUUUGAAAUUCAAGACCAUCAAAUCGGAGGAGACCAAAUCCAUUUUGCUCAUUUACGACGCGGAUCUGCUACACUCGGGGAAGUACUCGUGUUAUCCAUCCAACUCGGAGAUAGCCAGCAUACGCGUUCAUGUCCUGCAGGGCGAACGGCCGGAGGCUAUGCAAACGAAUGCGGCGCCGGCUGCUGUCGCUUUGGCCUGUUGGUCCUGCCACACGGCCCAGGCCACUCAGGCGGUCAAAGUAAUUAGCACAAUGGUCGCGGCAUUUGUAUUGUUGGAGGCAUGCUCCUCGCUGCUGCUUCAGGGCGGUGCACCAGGUGGUGGUGGUGCUGCUGGAGCAGGCGGUGGCGGUGGAGGUGGCGCACCCAGCCGAAGUCGUGCCAAGGAGAGACCCAGCCAGGAGCAGACCCUAGCCAAGUCCCUGCCCAUGCCCUGCGGCGGCUGUUGCCCUGUCAAUAAUGGCAGCAGGAAUGCGCGGUGAUAAAUUAAUGUCGCAUCGCUGGAAUUCCACCGCCAAUGCAGCAGCCACUGCACCUAAAUGAGGCAGAGCUGCAGCAAAAAUGAUUUAUAGCAGCCACAGAGGGGGAAAGAGAGAGCGGUAGGAGCAGCAGCCACAGUCAGUUUUCUUCAAAGUUGUUCUUCAGACUUGAGCUGCAUGUAAUACCUUUACAAGAAAUACGAAAGAAUAUAAAACUGAAACUAAUUAUGCUAAUGAGGAGGAGAAGAUGUUUCAACCAGCUGCUCCUGCUGCUGCUCCUGUGGCUUUCUCCUUGCUCCUGGCUCCUGCUAAGUUGUAAGUAAGAGUGUUUCUAAUUAAGUGUGCCAGGAUCUACAAUACUUUGGGUAUUAGGGUGUACAUAAAACUGCCAGAACCCAGGGCAAAAAUAAAAAUGGUUAGCAAGCAUUUGGAAAACGAAUCAUCAGCGAGUCAUUAGCGGAAGUAAACAACAAUUAUAAUCAUAUUGAUAGCUUCUAAAAAACUAAAUACUAAAUAGUACAUAAAUACGAUACAUAGUGAGACAUUUGCGUAGUUUGAAAAAGUUUAUUCAAAUUGUUGUAAAUAUUACAAAUGGAAUACCUAACGCGUUACGCAUUUGAUUUAGGUUUCUCUUUGAGUUAUACUUUCCCCCCCUGUAUAGCGUAGUCCUUAAGCCCUGUACAUAGUUAGGUAUAUGUAUCCAUAUGUAAUGCCAGUGUAGCAAAUAAUAACUACAAUAUAUUUCAAUGUGUGGACUUUGUCAAAGGGUUCCUAAACUACAUACAUCUUUUUGGCAACAUUUUUGUAAGCGAAAACAACAAAACAACAAUUUUCCUCUUUGGAGCAUUAUUUUUUAAUGUUUUUUUUUAAUAAUCUAUUGGGGUACAUUAAAAUUGUAUGAGAAAUUCCUGCCAAAAAGUGCUGCUAGCUGCUUCACUUUGAAGUAGUUGGAAAGGAACCCCAGCCGAGGCUAACAAUUUAUUUAAGAGUUUUCCAACGGCCACGGAAGAGCUGCCAGUCAUGUGGGAAGGUCCUGUGCCCGUUCACAAUUCCUGUAAAUGGGUUUCUUGCCCCAAACUCCAGCAAUAUUUAGAGCUCCUCUUCGAGCAUGUCCGGUUGCAUUUUUGAAGCCCCUUCUUGGCCGAACGGCCGACUCACUGCCGAGUACGUUUGUCGACAGAAAUAUUUGCAUUUCCAUUGCCAUUUCCCGAGCGCUAUGUGGAAGCUCCCUCAGUCGUCACUGCUCUCCAUUGAGUAGCGAGUGACUCAUGGCUCGAAUUUGUACGUUCAAAAAUUGUAAAUAAAUAUGCAUAUGGGAAUAAACUAUAUAAUGUACUCAACUAUUUAUAUGUGGUAGUUAUACAUACAAGAUAUAUGGGUAAAAUAUAUAUAAAUAUAUUUAUUAAUGUAAACCGAAACGCAUGCAAAAUUAGUCGCGACAUUGUAAAUGAAUGUUUAAUGGGUAAAAAUUUAAUGUUGCAGAGAGAGAAAAUAUAUUUAAACCAUACCAAAUAAUUGCAAAUUAAGCAAAUAAAAUUAAUGUUUAAGCGUAAAAUUA